UAAUCCGGAUCUCAAUCUGUGACUCAACAUUGACUCUCCGGCACUCCGACUACAAGUCUCCGUUCUCUGACUGACGCCACAGACCAGAGAGGGACCCAUGGCCCAGGCUCCAUCUUUGUGCUGCAGCACGUGAUCACCGACCCACCCUAUGGGAUUGCCAAUGUCAGUAGACAGCAAGAGGCGCCGAAACCUAUGCACCAUGUCCAGCGGAUUGUGCAGCACCUCCAAAAUAAUCACCAUUGAAACACAUUUCCAUGGCAACAGAGAUAUUAUAACACAAGUACGCACGCUCUCGCUGGAGCGUUGUUUAUCAAAAAAACAAACGAAAAAUUGAAAUAUGUACACUCGUAAAUGUGAAUCUAGUACACUCACAUUGACUUUUCGCUAUCUGCCUUAAGGGACAAAAAUCUCUCACAAAUAGACUUGUAUGCUAGUACUUUGAAUUCGUUCUUUCCACCCAAAUUAACCAUGGCUGAUGACGAUGAUAAACCCAAGAAGCAUACCCUGGACACGCUAUUUAUAGUGUACUGCAACUAUAAGGUUAUUUCAACGGAGCUGGAGAACGAGGAGUUUGACUGCAUUCUUCUCUCGCAAAUCGAUGCCUGGAUAGAGCAGGCCAAGCUAAUGCCUAAUCCCAUAACUCGAACACAGACUGGUCUCCUCUACAUGCGCUAUAAGAAGUGGCGGUUGGAGUUCGAGGACUUUGUUGAGCUGCUUACGCAAUUGGCCUCCGAAAACGACCUGGUCUUUGACGAGUUCAAGCAGCUCCUAGUCGAAGCUGGUCCUCCGACCGGUGCCACCGAUAUCGUCAUGGUCAAGUAGUUGUAAUCGCAAAUCUGCAGUUUAUUUAAAAAAACAUCAGCACACAACAACAUCAUUUAAAGACAAUAACAAUAAGAUUACAAACAA